AUGAACUCUGUACCUCGAACUAUCUACCUUCUUCCUGCUCACCAAGUCCGACCGGUGGUGACUGUUCAGCGACAACGUGUUGUGGCGCAAUGUCGUCCAGCGCCUCAGAAAUCCCACUUGCCAGUGUUAGUGGCUCGACCUGUGACUCCCAAACGGCCCGCUGCUGAUCUCAUCGACGACAUCCUCGGCGAUGACUCCAUUGGUGGUCCGCCUCGAAAACGCGAACGGCUUACACAUCUCACGCCAGAACAGAAGCUGGAUCGUCGUAAGAUGAAGAACCGUGUCGCUGCGCAAACAGCCAGAGAUCGCAAAAAGGUUUGCCGGUUUUAUAUAUAGAAAAUGCGAGCGGCUCAAUGUUUCAAAAAUAAAUAAUUAGAAAUUUUUAUAAAAAUCUAAUAAAAAGAUUAUUAGUUUUUCUUUUUGCUGGGUUAAAAAAAUUUCAUGGAACGGAAACAACACGAAAAAAAGUUUUUAGGCACCGUGACUGUGAGAUUUAUAUCUCUUCCCUUUGAUAAAACAAGUAUUUGAUAAAAAAAAUUCAUUCAAUUUAAAUUUAUUGAGUUCAGGUGCGAUCGCAAAAGCUGGAAGAUGUUGUGCACAGGCUUUUGGCCGAGAAUGAACGACUUCGAGAGGAAAACUUAAAACUCCGCGCGCAGCAACAUCAGCUCAUGAAAGUAGAGUCGACGUCCGAGGAGAAGACCUUUGAAUCUGCAGCAUUCAUUAAUGCACCCCUGCCGAGGGUACAGGUCAAUUCUCAGACGAUCGCUCUGCUUAUCCAGCUUCUGCUCUCAGCGGCGACCUUCUCGAACAACACGAAAUCGAUCGUAUCGUUCAAGAACUCAAGGUACUUCUAUUGUUUGUUUUCACUUUUCCUCUUUCUUCAAAAAUAUUUUUUUGAUAAAAAAAUUAUUUUUUUAAAGAUAUUUCGAAAAAAAUAAUUAAAAAUAUUUUUUUUUUCUCCAAAUUUUGUGGAUUGAUGCUUUUGAGAGAAAAAAAACCCGUUUGGAGCAGAAACGAAAAUUGGCACCAAACAUAGGAAAUCAUCAGCUCUGUUGGAGGAGAUGUUGAAAAAAAAAAUUAAAUUUUCAGAACGACUUCGACAUCGACGAGCUCGCCAGCGAACUCCCGUUUGAGCUUGGAGAAGAGCUCGAAGAGUCGACAUUCUACAAUGCGUCGUCUGUUGCUGAAGCUUCGACGAGCUCAUUCACGCCGAGUCCCAUGAGCAGCACCUCGCAAGUGCCUAGUCCGAAUCCUGUUUCCACUCAAAUGAGUCCUAGUACUAGCGACUACUUCAGCGAAGAAUUGGACCAUCCGCAACUCUUGUAUGGUGAUCCCCUUCUAGGUUCACCCUCGUCGAGUUCCAUCGACCUUUCUAAAGACAAUUGCGAUAUAUGGCCUUCCACAGACCCAAUGCAGUUUGAUCACAUUUUUAAUGAUCCCUUGAUGGAGGAAUUCAUUUGCUAA